UACGUCACCGGUCUGGUUGUUGCAGAGUCACUGUAAACAAGGAGAGAGAAGGAGUCGCCAUUAAAGCUGUCAACGUCUCUGCUGGUUAAAUCUAAAGCUGUUGUUAUUUAAAUUCAGUAUUCCGUGAUACGAGUCCAGACAUCCAUCUGAAGGCGUUUUCAUAAAAGGCAGAGUUCGUGUUUUCGCAGUUAGCAUUCUUAGCCGUUAGCUUGCGUUAGCUGCAGCUAGCCUCGCUGGGCCAACAUCCAGAGGAGGCCUGUUGUUGUUGUUGUUGCUGUUUACGGGGUAAACAACCUCCAUGCCCCCCACCUAUCUCUUGACUGCGACCAAGAUAUCCUGAACCCUGGGUGGCUGGUCAGAGCGGCCUCCUCCCACCAUGGAGGCAGGAGGGAAGGACUGUGAGGAGGAGACGCUGCAGACGGCCUUCAAGAAGCUGAGAGUGGACGCUGAGAGUGUACCUGGAGCUGUGUGUGUGUCCGAGGCUCCCAGAGCAUCUAGAGCUCCUCUGGACCUGAGCGGAGCGAAACCCAAACUCAGCUGCCCGAAGGAUAACUGGCACGGCUGCAUGAGGAAAUCCUCCAGAGGAGCCUCCAGAACACAGCGCCGCCGGAGGUCCAAAUCCCCAAUCCUCCAUCCGCCCAAGUUCACGUACUGCAGCGCGGCGGCGGUGUCACCCCCCAGCGGCUGCCUGAAGCAGCAGCGUCUGGCGGUGCCGGAUCCCGCGGAGCCUCGUCCUCCAGGAGAGGGAAUCACAGCCUCCUCAGCAGCCCAGAAAGAGCUCUCGUCGUCGGGCUCAUCCGGCCCCAUCUCCCCCCUGGUGUUUGGCUCGUGUGCUGGGUUUGAGGCGCCGGAAACGUCCGGGGAGUCGAGUGAGGAAGAGAAAAGUGCCAGUGAGGCAGCGAGGAGGGUAUCCGGACCUGCGGACUUCCGAGCUCUAUCGGAGGGCCACGGCAGCUCCGCGGAGGUUCCCUGCUCCUGCGCCUGGAAGGAGGGUGGGAUUGCUGCAGAGUCUCAGUGCCAGUGUCGGGAUCCCUCUCGGGGCUGGCAGGGCGUCGAGGUCUACUCCUUCACCGGGCUCCGCAACGCAACUUCCGAGUGCGAAAGAACUAUCGGGACCGGCACCGCAGCGGCAUCCUCGUCUGGGUCCCCGCGGUCGUGUUCGGAGCAGGCCAGAGCCUACGUGGACGACAUCACGAUAGAGGACCUUUCCGGAUACAUGGAGUAUUAUCUCUACAUCCCCAAGAAGAUGUCACACAUGGCAGAGAUGAUGUACACUUAAAAUAAAUAUUAUAAUAUCAUAAGGAAAUAUGAAGAGGUUUUUGUUUUGGCAGCCUCGGAGGAAUGUCAGUAGUGGGUAGAAAGAUGGAUUUAGUUCAUUGAUUUUGAGUAUGUCCCUUUUUUGAUGAGGGUUCACCACGAUUUCUUAAAAGUCAUCAAAUUGAAUCUCAAAAUACAGCUGUAAUUGGUAUUAAAAUGUCUUAAAUUAAUCUUUAAAACGUCUUACAAAUGCUAAAGGAAGUCGCAUUUUGUGAGCCUUAGAACUAUAACAUCACCAAGCAGAUGUCACACGAUGUCCACUAACAUAAUUACUAUAAAUCUUUGCAGCUCUAGAGUCCCGCUGUGAACCCGGAGAUUUGAUGUUAGAAAUGUAUAGUAGGGGUCCCCAGCACAUAGAAACUGAGGGACGCUAACCUGCAGAUGUUGUUUUAACAUAAGUGUUCAUUAGCGUAGAGAGACAAUAGUUUUAUAAUAUCUUGGCCGACCUGGACAGCUCAGUGGAUUUGGGGGUUAUUGAAAAACUCUAUAACUGUCCAAAUCGGUCAUCAUUUUAAAACUAUUGUCUGCAUAUUUUAAUGAACACAACUUAUGCUGAUUUUGCAAAUUGCCCAACAUAUGCAGGUUAGCAUUCAGCAGUGCUAUGUGCAUGUCUAACAUCAAUGUUGGGGUACUCCACAUCUCCGGGUUCACACUGUUGGUAGGUUAUUUUAUAAUAUCAUAAGGAAAUAUAAAGAGGUUUAGUGUUGGCGGCCUCGGAGGAAUGUCAGUCUCGGGUGGAAGAGCGAAUCAGGCAUGAAUAUUCUGAGUUUGCCCCCAGGUGGAAGUCCCCCUCCUCAUUUCAUUAAAACUGACAGUAAAACAAAUCACCGUCUCAUUGGUUUGUCUCUCGCCCCCCCCCCUCCUCUGUGUGCUUCGUUUUAAAUUCAGUUUUCCGUUUACAGAUGAAGUUGCCAAAUCUCUUGGUGCACACGUGUGGUGCCGAGUGUUUGUGCUGUUGUCUCAUUUCACUCAAUAAAAACUGUUUCUGUCUGAAAA